AUGGCAGCCUCUUCCUCAUCCAACAACCCCCCGACGAGCGACGAGACCUCAUACGUAAAGAUGGUGCAGAACAACCGAGAGGGCUCGGUGGGAAACGUAGAACUCAUCGGCAAGCACUGCGAGGCCGAAUACUGCAACCAGCUCGACUUCCUCCCCUUCCUCUGCCAAUCAUGCGGCCACUACUAUUGCGGUGACCACCGCACCGAGACGGCCCACAAGUGCGCCAAGGCCGGCGCCUGGGCCGAGAGGAAACGGAAGGCCGCCCUCACGCGACCCACGGCCGGAGAGGGCAGGAUGCUCAACGACAACGUCACCAAGAAGCCAUGCGCCUCACCGGAUUGCAAAACCACCAUCGGCACGGGCCUGGUCCCCGGGGUGCACUGCUCGACGUGCAACCGAGACUAUUGCCUCAAGCACAGGAUGCAGGAGGAGCACAACUGCAAGAACCUCGUGCCCAUCGGCGCACGCCCCGCGGCGCAGCACCACGUCGAGAAUGCGGCCGACAAGGCGCGCUCGGCCUUGAGCCGGCUGAGGGCCUGGGGAACCAAGAAGAAGGAGGAGGCCGGGCGGGCACUGCCAAAGCCCAAACCGUCGAGCGCAGCCCAGCGUAUGAUUGCUGUGAACAACCUAAAGAAGACCGCCAAGGGCGACGACAAGGUACCUCCGGAGAAGCGAGUAUACCUGUACGUUGAGGCCGAGGCCGAAACUACAGUUGCCAAGCUGUCAAAGGGUCAGUUCUUCUACAGCCAGGACUGGGUUAUAGGCCGGGUUCUGGAUGCCGCCGCCAAAAGUUUGCAAAUACAAAACGUCAACAACCAGUCCGAGUCGGAGCGUGACAAGCUGCGCGUGUUCCACGUUGAAGGUGGUCGGCUAUUGGAGUUUAACGAGAAGGUCGGAUCGGCGCUAGUAAGUGGGAACACAAUUGUUCUUCUUCGUGGCGUUGGGCCGCCUCAAGAACUUAUAGAAAUGUGA